ACCGGCGCCGGCAAGUAAUGGGCGCGCCCCAAAAGAUGUGUGCCGUGAAAUAGAGACCGACAUCGUGGGGCGCAUGCCGGCCACGACUGCAAAGCCAGGACGGCGAACCGAGAGCCAGAGGACAAUCGAUGCGAUACUUGAAGCGAAAACAUACGCAAGCGAGACGGCGGCGCCGGCUAUCGCAUCCGCCAAAGUUUGUCUUCCUGUAGGAUGCCCGGCUGCAAUGGGCAGCAUGUAUGAAAUACACUUCCAUGGUCGCUCCGCUGAGUUCUCAUGGGUAUACAGAACGCACAGCAUGAUUACGUUCAUAGCGCACGCUGCCGAUCGUAUCUCGUACGUACAAGCGUUCUCCGACCCCGUAUGGAUCGGGUCACUGGUUAACCAUAUGUGCAGCUGCCUUGGGUGGGGCGAGGACGAUAAGUAAAGGUACGGUCAC